AUGUUAUUUCUAUAUAGUUGCUUGAUAUUCGUCACCUAUCUCUUAGGCAUAUCUGAGGCGUUUUACUUGCCCGGUGUUGCCCCAACAAAUUAUAAGAAGGGUGAUACAAUUCCAUUAUUAGUUAACCAUUUGGCACCAACACUUCGUCAUAGAACGAGCAAUGGAAAGGGUAACAUUGAUAUGAAAACAUAUAUUUAUUCUUAUGAUUAUUAUUAUCCAAAAUUCCAUUUCUGUUCACCAGAAGGAGGUCCUAAAAAGCAAUCAGAAUCGUUAGGUUCAAUUAUAUUUGGUGACAGAAUUUUCAAUUCUCCAUUUGAAAUAAACAUGUUAGAAGAAACCAAAUGUAAAACGUUAUGUUCAUCGCAAUAUUCCAGCACUGAUGCUGUUUUUGUUAACAGAAAUAUUAGGGCUGGUUAUAAUUAUAAUUGGAUUAUCGAUGGAUUACCAGCUGCGCAACAUGCUUAUGAUCAUAAUACGAACGACGAAUUUUACGGUUCAGGGUUUUCCAUAGGUGAAAUUGAUGAUCAAGGAGGAGCACAUUUAUAUAACCACUUUGACAUUCAUAUUGAAUACCACCAAAGAAGCGAAAACAAUUAUAGAGUCGUCGGUGUGACUGUUAACCCAUUCUCAUGGGAUAGAAGUGGUAUAACUGAAACAGAUAAUAAAGAAAAGAUAUGCUCGCCGGAAUUGAAGAAGGUUUCUUUAAAGAAAGAACCCCAGACGAAUGUAAUGUUUACUUAUUCAGUUUACUUCGAAGAAUCUACAACCCCUUGGGCCACUAGAUGGGAUAAAUACUUACAUGUAUAUGAUCCAAAGAUUCAAUGGUUUUCUUUGAUUAAUUUCUCAUUGAUUGUAAUCAUUUUAGGUAUAAUCAUUGCACAUAUUUUAAUGAGAACUUUAAAAAAUGAUAUUGUCAAAUAUAAUGAAGUUAACUUGGAUGAUGAUAUUUCCGAUGAAAGUGGAUGGAAGUUGGUUCAUGCAGAUGUGUUUAGACCUCCUCAACAUAAAUUAUUAUUGUCGGUCUUACUUGGUAGUGGUGUUCAAAUCUUUUUAAUGGCACUUACUACUAUCAUAUUUGCGUUAUUUGGUUUGUUGUCUCCGUCAAAUAGAGGUGCAUUAUCGACGUUUAUGUUCAUUUUGUACAUAUUUCUCAGUAUAAUCUCUUCCUUUGUUUCAAGCUACCUUUAUAGAUUUUUUGGAGGUGAAAAUUGGAAAUUGAAUACGAUUUUAACGCCGACCUUGGUUCCAGGUGUUUUGUUUACUAUUUUUCUUUUAUUGAACUUUUUCUUGAUUUAUGCUGAAUCUUCCGGUGCAAUUCCUAUUGGCACAAUGUUUGCUAUGACAACGAUAUGGUUUGUGAUUUCAAUUCCUUUAUCGGUUGUUGGAUCAAUAUUAGCGUCUAAGAAGUCCAUGUUAGCUAUACCUGUCAGAACUAAUCAAAUUCCUAGACAAAUUCCUCAACAGCCAUGGUACUUGAGAAAUUUCCCGCUAAUGAUUAUUUCAGGAAUAUUUCCAUUCGGAUCAAUUGCAGUAGAAAUGUAUUUCAUUUACUCCUCAUUAUGGUUCAACAAAAUAUUUUAUAUGUUUGGAUUUUUAUUCUUUUGCUUUAUCUUAAUGAUGUUGACAUCAGCGUUAAUUUCAGUCUUAAUGGUUUAUUAUACAUUAUGUUCUGAGAAUUACAAAUGGCACUGGAAAUCCCUUUUUAUUGGUGGAGGUUGUUCGAUUUAUGUCUUCUUACACUCAUUGUUUUUGAUAAGUGGGUACAAAUUAGAAGGUGUAUCGUCGAUUGUAUUGUACGUGGGUUAUUCCGCCGUGACUUCUCUUUUGGUUUUCCUUUGCUGUGGUACUGUUGGAUUCGUCAGUAGUUUAUUUUUCGUCAGAAAAAUUUAUGCUCAAAUCAAGAUUGAUUAA